AUGUGGCCCUUGGACCUGGACGAGGUGGAAGCACCGGAGGAGGUGGACGCGCUGGAGCCAGAGAUGGAUUUGGAGCAGUUUCUGCUCCCGGGUAUCAACCAGCUGCUGGAGGACAUCACGGAGCUCACCCGAAAAGCCGGGAGCACGUGUCUGAGGACCAGGAGCAAGUUGUGGGAGAUGGACCAUCUGCUCAUCCAGAUAAAAACACAGGUGGAGGCCUCGGAGGACAGCGCCUUGAAUGGGCGUCCCGGUGGGGAGACUGCCAACAGAGUAUGGCAGUUGUGUGAGAAGGCCAAGGGGAUGGAAAAGGUGGCAGAGAUGUUGGUCGAGCUGGUCUGGCGGAUGGAGAAAAGUGAAUUGUCCUGA